UUGACAAGUGCUAGUCUAGUUUACCCUGUGGUGGCUUUUACUGUCUGUGGAUGAGAGUUAUCUCUGUGUUAACGUGGGAAAUAACAUCGUAGGAUUUCCGAACAAGAACAUAAGGCCUACCCUGCACCAGCGUCUCUCCAUUUAUUCACCAUAUGUCAGGAUGAUUUUUUGGACUUAGGUUCUGAAAAGGAAAGAUCCUAUGCGAGUCAAGGACGGGGAACAGCCUGCCAUGGAAGAGGGGGUUCCCUCCGAUGCUGUCGGCAGACGAAUAAGCUGUGACGGGGAGCGGGCCACCGUGCGCUUUGUUGGCACGGUGCCUCCAACCAAAGGCGUGUGGCUUGGUGUGGAGUGGGACAAUCCAGAGAGAGGCAAACAUGAUGGCUCCCACGAGGGGGUCCAUUAUUUUACCUGCAGACACCCCACGGGUGGCUCGUUCGUGCGUCCCAAGAAGGCCAGCUUCGGGGUGGACUUCCUGACGGCCCUGAGGCAGCGGUACGAGAAGGAACGGGAGGGCAUGGAGUUCACCAUCUCUACUUGCACACUGGAGAUGGUGGGCUUCCAGGAGCUCUCCGAGAAGCAGAGAGUGGAGAACCUCAAAGAAGUGGCCCUUAGGAGCUUUGAAGUCUGGGGAACUGCCUCUCGAAAUGAAAUACAAAAGACUGCUCCAGAUGUAGAAUUUCUAGAUCUUUCUCAGAACCUGCUGAGCUCGUGGGAAGCCCUGGCAGCCAUCACAGAACAGAUGGAGAAGCUGAGGGCACUUCAGAUGGGGUACAACAGGCUGACGUUGCCCUCUGACCCUUCAAGCCUGACCCAUGCGUUCACCAACCUCAGAGUCCUGGCACUUCCUGAUUGUGGCCUCACUUGGCCUGAGGUGCUGCAGUGUGCGUGCAUGUGGCCCAGUGUGGAGGAGCUCUACCUCAGGGAGAACAACAUCACCGACCUGCAGCGGCCUGUUGAUGUUCUGCAGUCCUUGACCCAUCUAGAUCUCUCCAGGAAUCCAAUAACUUCAGAAACACUGACAGAAAUUGGAAAACUCCCCCAGUUGGACACCCUGAAUCUUUCAGAGACUGGCCUGACUAGUAUAGAGUUUAAUGAUGUGCCACCAGGCUCCAAGACAGCUAUGUUCCCUGCACUGCAGAAACUAACACUAAUGGACAACAAGAUUGCAGAGUGGUGGGUGGUGAAUGAGCUGGAGAAGUUGCGGUCUCUGGUGCAGCUGAUGCUGCAGAGGAACCCACUAAUGGAGCGCGAGAGGAACCCACAGACGGCCUGCCAGCUCGCCAUCGCACGCGUGGGACAGCUCACCAAACUCAACAACACCUCGAUUGAGGGCACAGAGAUUGAGAUAGAGAACGACAUGAAGACCCUGCAGUUCUACUCCGUAGAGGAUGGGGACAGCGUUCUGGUGCGUUGGUCCUGACUGACCUGACUGACUGACCCCCCACAGACGACCCUCGUGUCCGUCACUGGCUCCCCCAACCUUCGGCCACCAAACGGCUCGUUCGGGAGAAUCACCUUUGUCUCUCACUCCUGCUUUCUCUGUUUAGUGUCUUAGUCUCUACAAAGAUCAGUGUACGCACUCACUUCUCCACACACUGUUGGUGUAGAAUACGUAGAACAACACUGCUCGCGCCGCGCCAACACAGAGGUACUUCCCUUCGCCCCCUUUUAUGACAGUGCACCGGUGGGAUGUCUCAACCAAUCAGGUGUGAGGACAGGGGCACACAGUGAGUCUCUUAACUGACUCACCGAGUAGGAAAUCACCUUGGAAACCUCUUUGGUACCAUAGUUACAAACACCCUAAAGAUGAGCUUCCCACCGGUUGGUUGCACUUGCACGUGAUAGGACGUCUCUCGGGGACGAUUGUGGUUCUGGUGGAGCUCAAAUCUCAACCGCUUAUAGUUCAGCUGAAGGGUACAGUCUUUAACCUGUCCUUGUGCAGCACCAUGAGAGUGUGUACUGUAAUGUCUCAUACUGUGGAUAUAUAUGGAGAGAAUGCAGUGUUUACCUUUCUGUGUCAUGUAAUAUAAACAAUCAUUACACUUAGAUGUCAUCGUUAUGGAAGCACUGUAAAGGAGACUGUGGAGAGUUUUAAAAUGCCUUGCUAAGCCAUUCAUUCUUUGUAAAUAAAUGUGUCAAAUCUUA